AUGUCCUCAAGAAGGUCGUUGUUGAGAUUGACACCACUGUUGGUGAUCGAGACUGCAGCCGAAAUCCAAUUACUUAACGAGGCAAACCAGAUGCCAUAUCUUCAAGCGGCCCUUAAAGAGUCCAUGAGAAUGCAUCCUGCAGUUGGUAUGCUACUGGAACGGGUAGUGCCAGAAGAUGGGGUCAGCAUUGCUGGCACUUUCCUGCCAGCUGGCACAAUUAUUGGCAUAUGUCCGUGGGUAUUACACCGGGUCAGCCGAGUCUUUGGCGAGGAUGCCGAUACCUUUCGCCCAGAGAGGUGGCUCGAGGCCAGCCCAGAAGCUCUAAAAGUGAUGGAAAGAUCUAACCUGGCCUUCGGUGCUAGCCCUUGCACUUGCGUUGGAAAGCACAUAUCACUGCUUGAGAUGAGUAAGAUUGUCCCGCAGCUACUCUGGACUUUUGAACUUGAGCUCGCGCAGCCAGACAAAGAGUGGAAACUUCAUGAUAUGUGGUUCGUCAAGCAGCUGGAUUUCAAUGUCUACGUGAAACGGCACCCAGGAAGAAGUGUCCUCCUCGAGGAUGGGAAGGUGUACUAG